GGCAGCACUGAGUCUCACGCGCCGAACAAGAGAGCCGGAACCGGAAGAAAACAAGCGCUGCCUCAGUUUCACACUGCUGAUCUGUAAAUGAGGAAGAUGGAAAAAUUAAUAUCAAUAAACUGCGUCAAGCUUCUGAUUACCGCUUUAUUUUACACAUGCGUGAGCUGCAGCUCAGUGGAACGGAAGAUCUAUGUUGAACUCAAUGACACGGUUCCGUGUGUCCGGCUGCUGAACGCCACACAUCAGAUCGGCUGCCAGUCGUCAAUGUCAGGAGACACGGGUGUUCUCCAUGUGCUGGAGAGCGAAUCAGACCUGGACUGGAUCCUCAACACUGGACCACAUCCUCCCUACAUGGUCAUCAUGGAGACGGCCUUCUUCAGCAGGUCAGUCAUGUUGAGAAUGAAGAACUCGUCCAGAGUGGCUGGAGUCGCUGUGAUCGUCUCAAGAACAGGCCUUGCUGAAAACUUCUCACCUCACACAACCUGCCCCAACCAGAACACAGGAGUGUAUUCUGCAAAGUACGGACCUGAACUAGCAAACUGUAACGUGACCACGUGGAAUCCUCUCGGGAACGGACUGUCCUAUGAAGACUUUGCUUUCCCUGUGUUUGCUCUGAAAGACGAGAAUCAGACUCAGGUCAUCCGUAAGUGUUAUGAGGAUCAUAACCUGCGUCUGAACGGAAGCGCUCCUCAGUAUCCGCUGUGUGCGAUGCAGCUCUUCUCACACAUGCAUGCCGUGACCGACACCGUGACGUGUAUGAGACGCACAGACCUGCAGAACAGAUUCAGCAUCAACCCAGAAAUCCUGUGUGACCCUUUGAGCGAUUAUAAUGUCUGGGCGUCCACUCGGCCCCUCAACAACAGCGCCAAGGGCCAGACGACCAACGAGAGCUUCGUCAUCGCAGCCACAAGGCUUGACGGCAGGUCGUUUUUCUGGCAAGAGGCUCCAGCGGCCGAAGGAACCGUGUCUGGGAUCGUCACCCUAUUGGCUGCCGUUCAAGCGCUCUACCCUGUCAUUCAACUAGCUCCGCCUCCUCGCAAUAUUUUCUUCUCCUUCUUCCAAGGGGAAGCCUUCGACUACAUUGGCAGCUCGAAAAUGGUGUAUGACAUGGAGAGAAAGGAGUUUGUAAUCGACUUGAACAAUGUUCACUCCAUGCUGGAAAUCGGGCAGGUUGGUCUGCGCAGUGGGCGGGAACUUUGGAUGCACUCUGACCCCAUAUCCCGCAUGAACAGCAGCAGUGUGGAGGAAGAGGUGUCGGAUAUGAUGAAAAACAUGCACUCUAUAGCAGCUGGUUUGAACGUCUCAUUGGACGAGCCGCCUGCCAGUCAGCCGUUACCGCCCUCGUCCUUCCAGCGCUUCCUGCGUGCUCGACAGAUCCAGGGCCUCGUGCUGGCAGACCAUCGGACGUCUUUCGUCAACAGAUACUACGAGAGCAUGUACGACGACGCAGAGAACCUGAACGUCUCAUACCCGCCCAACCUGAGUCCAGAGGAGAAGCUGGUGUACGAGACGGAAGCAGCCAAGUCUCUGGCGGAAGUGGCCACGCUAGUCGCUCGAUCGCUCUACAAGCAGGCAGGAGGAGAUGACAGCAACCUGAACAACAUCACUGCCGAUCCCAAGAUCGUCGCUCAGUUGCUGUAUGGUUUUGUAAUUCAGAAGAAUAACAGCUGGUUUCAGUCCCUGCUUCCUCCUGAUGCAACGAAAAAAGGCAUUUUAAGUUCUGGUCCUCCUCAGUUCUACAUCGGUCUGGGUCCGCGCACCUACGGCCCCGUGCACAGCGUCACACUCUUCGUACAGUAUAUCAUGGCCAACCUGACGGGAACCGUCACCAACCUCACCGAGACCCAGUGCCAGAAACCUGACGACAUCAGCACUGAGAACAAAGACUUGUACGCGUAUUUCUGGGUGUCGGGUUCGACCGCGGUCAACAGCAGCGGGCCGUUCUGCGUGCGGGCGCCUGUGCGUCUGUCCAAAGCCGUCUCGCCUGCCUUCGAGCGGCAGGAGUACGGAUCUCAAGAUUAUUCCACGUGGACCGAGUCCCGCUGGAAGAGCAUCCGAGCGCGCGUCUUCCUGGUGGCCAGCCGAGAACUCGAGAUGUUAACACUGGGGGUGGGCGUGGCUGUGCUGCUGCUGUCUCUAUUGGUGACGUACUUCAUCAGCUCGAAGGCGGAGCUUUUGUUUAGCUCCGCCCGUGAAACGCCCACAACGACCUACUGAACGGAAUCUCCAGCCAUCCAUUCAUUCCCCUUCAGCACAGAAACACACUUCAGUUCAAGAGUAAUUUAUUCUAACCUGACAGGAUUGUGCCGCACUGGUUUUAGCGGGGCUGGACCGAACUGCUCUGGUCUCCUGGAAAGUUGUUCAUAUUCUUUUUGUCAUCUUUUUUUAUAAUUCAAGAUGUUUUUUUCUGAUUAUGACACGGACGGGCACAAAAAAAGCUGAUUUUAAGUGUUUAAAGUUGAGAAUAAUUGAGUGAGCGAAUGUUAAUUUGAUGUGUGUGUGUGAGUUGAUGUGAAUGCAGUGAGUAUGUGCAAUAGCUUACUGAGAUAAGAUCAUAUUUCAUUUUGAUGUGGAUGUUUUUAUUUGGGAAUGUAAAGCUGUGCGCUCUAUUCGUUGACGACUGUAACGACACAACUAAACUCUAAUCACAGACUGUCCGCAAUGAAUCGCUCACAUGUUUCCACUGGAGACGUGGAGCUUCGGAAAACCAAAUUAACACUGAUCUGCAGCAUUUGUUUGUUGACUUUAAUUGAAUGAAAGCUGUUUGAAUAAUGAUGUCAUUAUUUUUUUCUCUAAGAAACCGAUGCCUUGAGAACCUGAAUAAACAUGACUUUCUUUUCCAAA